GUGAUGUGGCACCGCUGACGUCAUUUCGACCGCGUUGGAGCAGGAGCGCAGGAGCAGUCUCUCAGACCGCGCUCAAAACACACUUCCCAGCGGACGGAGAGCAGAAAGAGAGGCAGAAAGCAGACGAGAGACGAGCCACCGCGAGUCUGCCGGUGUGAGCCGGAGCCGGAGCGCGUCGAUCUUCCCCGGAGCUCGGUCUGAAGCCGCGGUGCUAAAGCGCUAGCGGCGGCUGCUCUCGGUUUACCGCGCGAGAAGUUUGACUCUCUCUCUCUCUCUCGUCUUCUGAGGCGUUUUUUUGGCUUUUAAAACAUGGGCCUGACCAUUUCGAGCGUCUUUUCUCGCUUGUUUGGGAAGAAGCAGAUGAGGAUCCUCAUGGUGGGUCUGGAUGCUGCGGGGAAAACCACAAUCCUCUACAAACUCAAACUGGGAGAAAUAGUCACAACGAUUCCAACUAUAGGUUUCAACGUGGAGACGGUGGAGUACAAGAACAUCUGCUUCACCGUGUGGGACGUGGGUGGCCAGGACAAGAUCAGGCCUCUUUGGAGACACUACUUCCAGAACACCCAGGGUCUGAUCUUCGUCGUGGACAGUAACGAUCGGGAGCGAGCGCAGGAAGCGGCAGAAGAGCUUCAGAAGAUGCUUCAGGAGGAUGAGCUGAGAGACGCCGUUCUUCUGGUUUUUGCCAAUAAACAAGAUCUGCCGAACGCCAUGCCCAUCAGUGAGAUGACCGACAAACUCGGCCUGCAAGCGCUCAGGAGCAGAACUUGGUAUGUCCAGGCGACCUGUGCGACUCAAGGGACAGGUUUAUACGAGGGAUUAGACUGGCUUUCCGAGCAGCUCUCCAAAGGCUAGACCUCACUUCCUGUCCAAGCAGGAUGCGUGCCGUUCCAAAGGACAUGAUUAGCGGAGUUGAUGCAGCACAGAAGCUGUUCAUCUAUCAUUUUCAGUUGAUCGAUACCAAAAAAAUCCAGCCGCUGCUGAUCAAUCUACAGCAUUAGACAUAAGUGUGUUCCUUUGUUUUUUAAUUCAUUGCACCUUCAACCCCGACUGACAUUUCUCCCAGAUUCAUUCCGCUUGAUGUGCGUAGCCUUGUAGUCUUCUGUAGAUCUGACCACGGUGUGAGAAAUACUAGAUUUGUUAAGAAGCUCUUGCAGUACUUCUGGGUUCUUGUUAAUGCAAGCAUCGCGUUAACUUUUUGCGUAUUUAUAAAAGUGCUUUAUUUUUGUUCCCUCAACUCGAUUUAUUCCAUUGCUUUCGUUCCGAACAGCUCGUUUUCAGACAUUUGCAUGCCAUACAUCCCGGAAAAUGUUCUCCGAAAAGCAUGCAUUUAAUAAAAAGAUUAUUCUUGUAGUAGCUCACUUGGAGACUGGCAGUGCAUUAAUGCAAGCAUUAGAUUUAAUGCUUCUAAAGAGUUUAUAUUGGGAACUAGUUAAAAGUUUGUGUUGUAAAUAAUCAGCCUUUUUAUGUAAUCACAGUUGCCUUAAACGUGCUGUGCUUUACUAUGUGAAUGCACUUUUGAUUAAGCAUUGCAUUUGAGAACCAACCAGCGCAAAUGUUCAAGUCAUGACUGUUUUUAUUCCCAGCUUUUUAAAAUAUUUAGAUGGACCGGUGCUAGGAAUCGUUGAGCUGUUCCCUUCCUAAAAAUGUAUUAAAGCGUAAUGAAUAAAGAGUGAAGCAAAUAAAAGUCUGAAAUGCA